AUGGGAAUAUCUUUGCUGCAGCAGAGCCACAAGGUGCUGCAGCGCAGGCGGCAGCAGCAGCAGCAGCUGCUGCUGCAGCCAGAGGAGCCCCGGUGGGCAGACGAAGAGGACCCCUGGCUCCUUCCCUCCUUCCAGCAGCAGCAGCAGCAGGAUCAGAAGCAGGAGCAGCAGCCGGAGCAGCAGCAGCAAGCAGCAGCACCAGCCGGCGCGAGCGAGCCAGCCCCUGUUGCUGCAAACGAAACAGGCAAGGCCGCAGCAGCAGGCCCCGCAGCAGCAGCAGCAGCAGCAGACGCUGCUGCUGCUUCCGCUGCGCAGGGCGAGCCGGAGAGCCCAGCAGCAGCAGCAGCAGCAGUCCCCGCAUCCGAGUCUUCCCCAGCAGCAGCAGCAGCAGAGCCGCCACCCUCCCCAAGAGCCGCAGCAGCGUCCGAGCCGCCCGCAGCAGCAGCAGCAGCCCCCGCAGCAGCAGCAGCAGCAGCAGCAGGCGCUGCGCACGUGUCCUCAGUGGGGCUGCCGCUGCCCGCGGGGCUCGAAGCCCUCGAGCAGCGCAUGCAAAAGGCCUUGAGGAAAGAAAGAAUUAAUUUGAAAAAAAUAACUGGAGGCACUCUUCCAGAGUACGGGGAAACUGGCAGCUUGCCUAUGCUCUGCGGCACUUGGCAGACGCUGCCGGAGUCUCCGUUUUUCGAGUGGGUGUCUGGGGUUUCUUUUUACAGCGAGGCGGACAGCAGCGCCACGCCCGCCGCGCAGCAGCAGCAGCAGCAGCAGCAGCAGGCCUUCGGGUCUUGUCAGUGGCUGCCGCAGCAGCAAAUUCACGUCGUCGAAACCCGCACCUUCAGACUGGGGCCUCCGCUGGUCUUUCUCGAGCGCCAAGAGUUUAAAUCCAAAGAAGGCUGCCGACCCCAAGACCUCCACAGAGGUGCGGGGCCCCGACAGCUAGCUAGCUAG